AUGCCGAAGAACAGCAAGGUGACGCAGCGGGAGCACAGCAGCGAGCAUGUCACCGAGUCGGUGGCCGACCUGCUGGCCCACCAGGAGCCCGUGGACUACAAACGCAGCGUCCUGAACGUGGCAGGGGAGACCUGGGACAAACAGAAGGAGGGAGAUGAGGACCUGGACGCGGAGAACCGGCCGGCGUGGAACAGCAAGCUGCAGUACAUCCUGGCACAAAUCGGCUACUCCGUGGGGCUGGGCAACGUCUGGCGCUUCCCCUACCUCUGCCAGAAGAACGGAGGAGGUGCCUACCUGGUCCCAUACCUGGUCCUGCUCAUCAUCAUCGGGCUGCCCCUGUUCUUCCUGGAGCUGGCAGUGGGGCAGCGGAUCCGCCGGGGCAGCAUCGGCGUCUGGAAUUACAUCUGUCCCCGCCUGGGAGGCAUCGGCUACGCCAGCUGCCUGGUCUGUUUUUUUGUUGGUCUCUAUUACAACGUCAUCAUCGGCUGGAGCAUCUUUUACUUCUUCAAGUCCUUCCAGUACCCCCUGCCCUGGAGCGAGUGCCCCAUCGUGAAGAACGGCUCGGUGGCCGUUGUGGAGACCGAAUGCGAGAGGAGCUCGGCCACCACCUACUUCUGGUACCGGGAGACCCUGGACAUCUCCAACUCCAUCUCUGAGAGCGGGGGGCUUAACUGGAAGAUGACCCUGUGUUUGCUGGUGGCCUGGAGCCUUGUUGGCUUGGCCAUGAUCAAAGGCAUCCAGUCCUCGGGGAAGGUGAUGUAUUUCAGCUCCCUCUUCCCAUACCUGGUGCUCGUUUGCUUCUUGGUGCGGGGGCUGCUGCUGCGUGGGGCAGUGGAUGGCAUCAUGCACAUGUUCACACCCAAGCUGGACAAGAUGCUGGACCCCCAGGUGUGGCGUGAAGCAGCCACACAGGUUUUCUUCGCCUUGGGCCUGGGUUUUGGGGGCGUCAUUGCCUUCUCCAGCUACAACAAACAGGACAACAACUGCCACUUCGAUGCCACCCUGGUAUCCUUCAUCAACUUCUUCACGUCUGUGCUGGCCACCCUGGUUGUGUUUGCUGUGCUGGGCUUCAAGGCCAACAUCAUGAACGAGAAAUGUGUGGUGGAGAACGCUGAGAAGAUCUUGGGCUACCUGAACACCAAUGUGCUGAGCCAUGACCUCAUCCCGCCCCACGUGAACUUCUCCCACCUCACUGCCAAGGACUACAACGAGAUGUACAGGGUGAUCAUGACGGUGAAGGAGGGGCACUUCAAAGAGCUGGGCCUGGAUGCCUGCCUGUUGGAGGAUGAGCUCAACAAGUCGGUGCAAGGCACUGGCCUGGCCUUCAUUGCCUUCACAGAAGCCAUGACCCACUUCCCAGCCUCGCCCUUCUGGUCUGUCAUGUUCUUCUUGAUGCUGAUCAACCUGGGCUUGGGGAGCAUGAUUGGGACCAUGUCAGGCAUCACCACGCCCAUCAUCGACACCUUCAAGGUGCGGAAGGAAGUGUUCACAGUUGGUUGCUGCAUCUUCGCCUUCGUAGUGGGGCUGAUCUUUGUGCAGCGUUCUGGAAACUACUUUGUCACCAUGUUUGAUGAUUACUCAGCCACGCUGCCGCUCACCGUCGUGGUCAUCCUGGAGAACAUCGCUGUGGCCUGGAUUUACGGCACCAAGAAGUUCAUGCAGGAGCUGACGGAAAUGCUGGGUUUCAGGCCCUACCAAUUCUACUACUACACCUGGAAGUACGUGUCUCCCAUCUGCAUGGCCGUGCUCAUGACCGCCAGCAUCAUCCAGCUGGGAGUCAGCCCCCCAGGAUACAGCGCGUGGAUCAGAGAGGAGGCUGCUGAAAAAUUCCUGUUCUACCCAACCUGGGCCAUGGCCAUCCUCAUCUCCCUGAUCAUCCUGGCAUCCCUCCCUCUGCCUCUGGUCUUCAUCCUCCGGCAGUUCCACCUCGUGUCGGAUGGCUCCAACGCCCUCUCUGUCACCUACAAGAAGGGUCGGAUGAUGAAGGACAUCUCCAACUUGGAAGACAACGAUGAGACCCGUUUCAUCCUGAGCAAAGUGCCCAGCGAGACGCCCUCCCCCAUGCCCACGCACCGCUCCUACCUGGGCCCCGGCAGCAAUUCCCCAAUGGAAAUGAGCAGUGCUCCCAAUGGACGCUACGGGAGCGGGUACCUCCUGGCCAGCACCCCCGAAUCUGAACUGUGA